AGGACAGCAGGGGCAGUGAGGCUCGGCCAGCGCUAGCGGGGGGCGGGGCCUUUCCUGUCAGAGAGCAUCUGCAUCUGUCUGUCAGUUACCCCUGUGUUCGCCAGGCACAACGCGCUACGUCCAUCAGACAGCAAGGCGGUGACGCACGCGCACUGUUUCUUUCCUCGAUCGUUUGAACAGCAAACUAAUGGAGAACUGUACAUAAUUCAUUGAUAAUCGCGCCCCGGGCCUCAUCUGUUCCCCUCCUUUCCCCUUCUCCCGUCCUGUGAGUAUCGACAAUCGCGAUGUCGACCAAGGUCUCCGAGCAUGCCUUUUAUAUCGGCGGCCAGAUGAGCGCCAUCCUCUACGGCGUCGAUCUCAUCAUGUACUUCACGACGAUGCGAGCGCUGCUAACAAAGUCUGACGCGCGGCGGAGUGACCGGUUCUUUAUGGUGUACAGCACGGUCAUGCUGCUCCUGCUUACGGUCGACGUGUCGACGAACGCCGUGUGGGGUGAGCAGAUGUGGAUCACGUUCCGCGAUGAGCCCGGUGGUGUGCCCGAGUUCAUCGCGACGCACAUCACAGUGUGGUACGAGCAACUGUCGUCGACAUCUGUUGUCGCGCUGAUAUUCAUGAGCGAUGCACUGCUGAUCUACCUCUGUUUCAUCCUCUGGGGAUCCCGCUUGACCAUCGUCGUUCUGCCUAUUCUUAUCUACGUAGCUGCCUUCGCCCUCUCCAUUUGCGAGCUCGUCUCCGCCGGCGUCCCCGGCGGGGAUUUUUUCGCGGGCAAGUCCGUCCACUUUGGCGUGCCGUACUACUCGCUCUCGAUUGCGCUCAACAUCUGCCUGACGCUGCUCAUCUGCGCACGCCUCGUGUACUUCUCGCGCUUCGUGCGCGUUGCGGUGGGCAGGGAGAGCGCGCAGCUCUACACGGGGCUCGCCGUACUCAUGAUCGAGAGCGCCGCGCCAUACAGCACGCUCGGUAUCAUGUUCCUCGUGUUGUAUGCGCGCGAAAGCGAUGUCAACAUCGCGUUUGGCCAGGUGUGGGCGAAGCUCACGUGCCUCUCGCCGCAGCUCAUCGUCCUCCGCGUCGCGACCAGCCGCGCGUGGGAUCGCACGACGAUCAGCCAGGCACAGAACCUGCAGUUUGCGAGGGAGGCGACGUCGACCGUGCAGCCGUCGACGAGCACGUCCAAGUCGGACAAGGAGGGCGAGUCGUUGCCCAUUACGUUCUCGACUGUCGGUGGGAGCGGUGCGGCGCUGCUGAGCCUCGCCUCGGUUUAAAUGGAGCAGGAAUGGUGUCAGUGAGGUGUAGGGCGGAAGAUCGAGGUGGAUUUGUCGCUCAUCUGUUUGUUUGCUUGCUUGGGAUACCAGAUAUAUUACUGUAGGCUGUUGUACUCGGUACUCUUGGUGAUAUCCUGCUAUGAUCGAUAUGCCUAGACAAUACUAUUAAUGCACCAAAAGUCAGC